GAAUGGGGCAAACAGGGGAGUCGCUUCACCUCCUUGGGCGAGGUCAUCCUCGUGGUUAAACCCUUCGUAAUCUACGGUUCCACAGCAGCAAAAGGAACAGACUCAGAUGCUCACUGUCCUUCAUAUAGGGUUGAUGUCCACCGUUCAUUCUUCCUUUCUUUUCUUUUUUCUUCAAGAUUAUCCUGAUUUGAUCCCAUAGAGAUCCAUCAAAUCAUAAUUUAUAGCUGAAACAUUGUAGUUAUUGUUAUAUUCUUUGUUCAUGUCGUGAUGUUCUCUGUAUGUAACCUUUAGGUGAGGGACAGUGACCCCAAAGAUUCAAACCGUGACAGAGUUGUGCGCCUCUUGGAUGAUUUCAGGAUCACUGGAUCGACGGGAGAGCAUGUGUGCAUGGUUCUGGAGGUUCUGGGGGACCAGCUGCUGCGAUGGAUCGUCAGAUCAAACUACACCGGCCUCCCUCUGCCCUGCGUCAAGAGCAUCCUCCGACAGGUGUCGUUCAACUUUAUGCAUCAUCUAUAUCACACUAUGUCACUGAUGCAACACAUGUUUCCUCACAGGUUUUGCAGGGUUUAGACUACUUGCACACAAAAUGCAAGAUUAUCCACACAGAUAUCAAGCCCGAAAACAUUCUUUUAAGAGUCGAUGAUGCUUUUAUUCACAAGCUGGCAGCCAAUGCCCAGUUGUGUCAGCUGCCAGUGUCUUCUUCUCACACCAAUUUAGUGGAAAAACCGUCCAGAAAAAAGCAGAGUUUUUUCAACUUAGUGGGGAAGCUGUCAGGGGUUUUCCAUGGUUUUGGAGAAUGGCCCGGUAAGGUAUACAGGAAUUCAGACAGGCGGUCGGCGGGUAAAAGCAGAAAAUGUCGAAGCUCAAAGACUCCGUCCGAUCACACAUCUGUUUCUGAUGCUGCAUCGAGCGCGCACAGCUCCACCUGUCAGUCAAAGCUCACAGGUAACAACAUGAAGACGAGGAGGCAAACAUUACUGUUUGAAGAAGGACUGGACUGUGAACCACAAAGACACAGAGACUGCUCAUCGACCAGCCACUGCACAGAUGCUGCAGCCUCUGACUGCAGAUUCCAGGAGUUACAUCCCACUCCUCUGCCUUCACAGAACCCAGCUGAAGAUAUGAAGGAUCCAGAAUUAGAUUUACUGAAUCCUGAGAAUGCAGAUAAAAUUCUGAUCAAGGUUGCUGACCUGGGCAAUGCCUGCUGGGUGCACAAACACUUCACUGAAGACAUUCAAACAUGUCAGUACCGCUCAGUAGAGGUCCUGAUUGGGGCGCACUACGACACGCCAGCCGACAUCUGGAGCACCGCCUGCAUGGCUUUUGAGCUGGCCACUGGAGACUUUCUGUUUGACCCUCAGUCAGGGGUUCGGUUCUCCCGGGAGGAAGAUCACAUUGCUCACAUCAUUGAGCUGCUGGGACCUCUUCCAUCCCAGUUUGUGCAGUCUGGGCGACAUUCAAAACGAUAUUUUAACCGUAAAGGACAAUUGCGGCACAUCUCCAAGCUGAAACCAUGGAGUCUGCUGGAGAUCCUGCUGGAUAAAUACGAGUGGAGACGAGAGGAAGCUGUUCAGUUCUCCUCCUUUCUGCUGCCCAUGUUGGAGCUGCUGCCACAGAAAAGAGCCACAGCCUCACAGUGUCUGAAACACCCGUGGCUGAACGCCUAGACACGCUCACACUCACUGAUGCAAGCACGGUUUUGAUCAGGACUAUAUCACUUUUCAACAUGACUGUUGUUGUCAUUUUUAUGCACGUACAAUACAAUAAUUGUGUAGAAAUAUAUCUGAAAUAAAAUCGGGGUGUAACAAUUUAA